UCACGAUUAUGCGCCGACCCACUGCAGCUGUCUUGGCGCUGUUGCAGGGCAUGGCGAUCUUAGCGUGCCCACAAAAGUUGGAGGAUGUCUCGCGAUCGCRUCGGUCCAUCAUCGGAGUGCCGACGUUUGUCGGCGACCGAUUCGGGCAGGAUCAACAGCGUUCGGUGGUCGGCUACGACGGACAGUGCAGACGAAUGUUCGAAGAAGCCGCCAACGACAACGAUUGCUGCAGCAAUUACUACUCUGCAUCGCAACUCUUUACUACACAACAGUCGACUGCACCUGAAAAACUACGGAGCGUAAGAAAUAAUGAUGCGUGGUGGUUAGCUGUAAUUGAAAAUUGUAAUAGAAACAAUGAACAAUUACAACAAGAGAUAAACAUUAAGGAAGACUGGAAUGACGUAUAUAUACCACUUUCAUUUUUYUUGCUACCCGACAAACAAAAAAUCACUUACGAAGCARCGUUCAAAUAUUUGGCUGAUCAUUUUAGUUUGCACGGUAUGACACUCGCACCUGUUCAAGUAUUUAUAGAUUUUGAGAUUGCGAUUCAUAUGGUAGUAGAGAGCUUCUGGCCAACAUCACAAAUAAGAGGGUGCAGAUUUCAUCUAGCCCAAAGUUGGUGGWGGAAAAUUCAGAAUCUCUCGGCAAUUUACAAAGAUACUAGUUUAGAAAAUGAGACCGACAAGUUUAUUGCAAUUCGACCAACAGCCGACGACAAAAUUGAAGAGUUCAUGGACUAA